AUGUCGAAAAACCACACCAAUAUACCACUGCACUGCAGCAUUUGCCCAAAGAAUCCUCAAUUCUCCGAUGUAUCUCAUCUUCUCACCCAUACAUCUUCCAAAGCUCAUUUAUCCAAUUAUUUUAAGCUUAAAAUUCGAGCUGCGUCGGAAUUGACAGCAAAGAUUCAACUGGACAACUUCGAAGAUUGGUAUGACAACUAUGAUCUCGAACGAUUACUAUCCGAGAGACUUGCUUCAAAGGAUCAGAAGAAAGCUGCCAAGGAUAAGAAGACCAGGAACAGCAAAGCAUUGCCCGGGCAAACGAGGAUCAAGAAAGAAAAAGACAAUCUCCUUGAUAAUGAAGCCAAUCUAGCACCCAUGUUUCGAGCUCCUGUUCCAAGAAUGCAUCUUUGGCCAACUGCAACAAACAACAGUAUCAAUAAUAAUACAUCUACAUCCAAUUCUAACUCUGAUAUGGGAAGUGAGUGGGAUCAUAGUGCUGUGUAUGCAACACCAACCUCUCGACGUCAGAUUCCAGGCUAUACACUUCAAAAAACACCCUCGGCAGUAGGGACUGUAUCGGAUACCACCAAUCUCACUACGCCAUUAAAGGAGGAGGCAGAUGCUGAAAUCACCGAGAAGCUUUCCGACAGUGCAAAAUUGAAGGGUGUGUUCUGGCCUGGCAUGGAUCUCUUCGAUUCUGCCACUGCCGAAAUGAAGCGAAUGCGAAAUCAGAGAAAAGAUGGCUCAAUUCUUGAAUUGAUGAUGGCUGCUUCUGCGGAGGUUCAACCCACUGAAGUGUCCUACCACCCAGAUGGCGCAUUCCGAACCUCCAGACACAUUUUCGGUCCUCUUUCGACUGAGACUAGUCCUAUUCGCGACCCCACUCCAAAAAAACGAAGAACUCGCAAAGCGGCCUUGGCAGAUGUCAGCGUCAAUGUACCCCGUCUCAGAGCCGGUCGACCACCAAGAAACUCGGCCAGAAGUCCUGGGAAGCGACAAAUAUCCGCUAGAUCACGUCAGCCUGCUGGUCAACUUGCCUUGCAAUCGACACCCACACUCAAUCCAUUGGCAUUCGGCGCUCGAUUCACUCCAAGCAAUGAGGAAGAUGAAGAGUUUAGAAUAACAAUGGAAGAGAUGGGGGCCAAGGAGCGUUCUUUUAAUGUUUUUCAGGAUGCCCCUGAAAUUAGCCCAGGUCGUACAGAAAGCCCAUUAGAAGAUCAUAGAUUCGACUUUUCGGACGGUGCAUCAACCAGCUUCACGAACGUAGAUAUCGGUAACCAGAUUUCCCCCACACCAGUGGUUAAACCAACUGCAAUGCGUAUGUUCUCCAAAGACAACGGUCAAUCUGAUAUUCAUGUCCGACGAACUGUUUCGACUCCCCACCACGGCUUCCCAGCUCAAAUGUUCUUUGAUAAUUCAUCAAUGUACAACCCACUCUACAACCACCACCCUCGAUCUUUCUCAUACGGAGGUGAUCACUCGGAUUUUUCCCAAAUGAGCCAGGAAAACAAGCCAAUGAAUGCUUACGGUCAAGGUUUUCAUGGCAACUUGAGCUCGGUCAACCAUGGUUCACAUUUACCUAGCAACCAUUUACAACUUUCAGACCCACUCACCAAUGGUGCAAAUGUCAAUAUGCCACAUUUUGGCAUGUGA